UGAGAUAGUGACGCCGCAUACACCUAACACAGCUGGGGCAGUGGAUCACCCGCGAGACUUCACCCACAGACACACCUAAGACUCACCUGCACAGAAAUGGAAGACGACGUCGCUGCCCUGGUUGUUGACAAUGGCUCCGGCAUGUGCAAGGCUGGAUUUGCCGGUGAUGAUGCCCCCCGUGCUGUGUUCCCAUCCAUUGUCGGUCGUCCUAGACACCAGGGUGUGAUGGUGGGAAUGGGACAGAAGGACAGCUACGUGGGAGAUGAGGCCCAGAGCAAGAGAGGCAUCCUGACCCUGAAGUACCCCAUUGAGCAUGGCAUUGUCACAAACUGGGACGACAUGGAGAAGAUCUGGCAUCACACCUUCUACAACGAGCUCAGAGUUGCUCCUGAGGAGCAUCCUGUGCUGCUGACUGAGGCUCCACUUAACCCCAAAGCCAACAGAGAGAAGAUGACUCAGAUCAUGUUCGAGACCUUCAACUGUCCUGCCAUGUAUGUGGCCAUCCAGGCUGUUCUGUCUCUGUAUGCUUCUGGUCGUACCACAGGUAUUGUGAUGGACUCUGGUGAUGGUGUCAGCCAUACUGUGCCCAUCUAUGAGGGCUAUGCUCUGCCUCAUGCCAUCAUUCGUCUGGACUUGGCUGGCAGGGAUCUGACUGACUACAUGAUGAAGAUCCUCACCGAGCGUGGCUACAGCUUCACUACCACUGCUGAGCGUGAGAUUGUGCGUGACAUCAAGGAGAAGCUCAGCUAUGUGGCUCUGGACUUUGAGCAGGAGAUGCAGACCGCAGCUUCCUCCUCCUCCCUUGAGAAAAGCUACGAGCUCCCAGACGGACAGGUCAUCACAAUCGGCAAUGAGCGAUUCCGCUGCCCUGAGACGCUCUUCCAGCCAUCAUUCAUUGGGAUGGAGUCGGCUGGCGUUCAUGAGACGACCUACAACAGCAUCAUGAAGUGUGACGUGGACAUCCGUAAGGACCUGUAUGCCAACACUGUGCUGUCCGGUGGUACGACCAUGUUCCCUGGCAUUGCUGACCGUAUGCAGAAGGAGAUCAGUGCCCUGGCACCACCCACCAUGAAAAUCAAGAUCAUUGCUCCCCCAGAGAGAAAGUACUCUGUCUGGAUCGGCGGGUCUAUCCUGGCCUCCCUCUCCACCUUCCAGCAGAUGUGGAUCAGCAAACAGGAAUAUGACGAGUCCGGCCCCUCCAUCGUCCACCGCAAGUGCUUCUAGAUGUAUGGGGCGUUGGCUCAAGUUUAACACGCUGUUCAAGUAUUCAUCUCCCUGGAAAUGUCUCCCAAUCUUGCACGAAUGGACAAAAAGUAAAAUGCUAUUGAGAAUAUCCAGCAACUGAUUAGGUGUUUCAGCUUGGUUGUUAAAGGCACUACUCUGCUCUAUCUGACCCUGUCACUGUGACCUCAACAAUAAAAUGCCAAGAUAUGAUUGUUUACA